AUUGUUUGCUGAACUAAAUUUCUUGAGGUUGGUGGAGAAAGAUAAUUUCCUUUCCGGUCAUCAAACAGUGAGGUGUGGCCUUUGAUUGGAAGCACCGAAGCCAGACAAUUAGAGGGAAGAUUCAAAGGUGCUUUCAGGAUUUAAGUCGCCAUGUCUCAGUCUUCAGAAGAAUUUGCAGCUGACCAAGGCCAUACCAAUGAAGAGACCCAGAAACUACAGCUUGCGGCAGCCUCCAUCGAUGUUGAGGAGCCGUGUUCCUCAUCUCAUCUUAUAUGUAGUAGUCUGAAGGGCCAGACCAGUGAGGAGACCCAGGUGUCCAAGGAUGUGAAGGAACCAUGUUCCUCCUCUCAACUUCUUAUGGCUAGCAACCAGGAAGAUCCUGCAGAUGAGACACCCAGUACUUCUAGGGGUCUUAAGCAUCCUUCUGCCUCUUCAAGCCAAUCUGUCCGGGGUCUGGGUAACCAAGAGGUGCAGGGUAACCCAGUCAUUCUACCAGGUCAGCCAAAUACCACAAAUUUACCUCUGAUGACUGUAGAUGGGAAAGUUGAUUUCUUGGUGAAUUACAUGCUGUGCAAGUAUCAGAUGAGAGAGAUGAUGAGCAUGGAUGAUAUAAUGAGACUCGUUAUCAGAGAAGAUGUAAAUCAUUUUCAUGAAAUCCUCAUGAGGGCUUCUGAACGCAUAGAGAUGGUCUUUGGGCUGGAAGUGAAGGAAGUAGAUCCUAUCAAUCACUGCUAUGCUCUCUUUAUCAAAUUAGGUCUCACCUAUGAUGGGAUGCGCAGUGAUCAGUAUAGCUUUCCUAAGACUGGUCUUCUGAUAGUCAUCCUGGGUGUAGUCUUCAUGAAGGGCAACCGUGCCACUGAAGAGGAGAUUUGGGAAGCAUUGAAUCCAAUGGGUAUCUUUGCUGGGAUGAAUCAUCUCAUAUUUGGUGACCCUAGAGAGCUGAUAACUGGUGAGUUUGUGAGGGAGCAAUACCUGGAAUACAAGCCAGUAGCCAAUAGUGAUCCUGUGCAGUAUGAAUAUGUGUGGGGAAUACGAGCUAAAGCUGAAACUAGCAAGAUGAAAGUGUUAGAGUUUGUGGCCAAGGUUCAUGGGUCACAUCCUACUGCAUUCCCUUCUCAGUAUGAAGAGGCUCUGAUAGAAGAAGAAGAGAGAACUCUUACCUUGCUAUUACAGCAAGCUGGCCCAAGUUCUGCUCCUGGUGAAAGUUCUAGUGACACGAGCAGCAACUUCCCUAACAUCUAGUACAACCAGAGAUAAAUUACUUCUGUAUAAUUUGCAGAAUUUUUAGAGUUGAGGGGGAAAAAGUAGACCUAGGUUGAUAUAGAAAGAAGGGAGAGUCUUAGCUGCAGAGUAUUUGUUUAAGUAUCAUGCCAUUUUUCUCUCAUUGUUUAUCCUUUAUAUUUGAAUGUACUUGCUCUUAGAAGCAUUAUUGUUUAGUUUCAAAAUCUCUACUUAAUGCCAUUCACAAAUUUAAUAAUGAGAGCUGUGUCAUAACAUAAAACUAAUUGAGAAAUAAUCUCAUCUAUCUGUAUAACUAUCUGGGAUAGCAAAACAUGUGUUUCCUAAGCUUCUAUCUUUUAAACAUUUUGUUCUAAUUAUUUUCUUUGUACUUUUCCAUUUCUCAGUAAAAUUACAUGCUUUUUGUGGAGUUGUUUACUUUAUAGUUGCCAAGGGUAAUAAAAUUCAAGAAACUUUACC